AUCCUUACAAACGAAUCAAAACAAAGAAACUUAUCAAAAUUUGUGAUCGAAAGUAUUAUGCUAAAUAAACAGACUAGUAUCAAAUGCGCUCUCUACCUAACGACAACACAAGCUCAUCAUUAUCAUUACUGUCUGCAUCUAGUACGGUAAUUAUAUACUCCUAACAAACAUACAAGCAUAAAACCAGUCAAUCGUCGUCGUCGUCGUCUGAUCAUCGAAAAUGGCGAUGCGCGACCUAGUUUCCGGUGGAGCAUCUUGCGCCGAACCAGGUUCAUCGUCAUCUUCUUUGAAUCCACUAGGCGCUCUCGCUAACGCACUUAUUGGCUCUUCCUCUAAAACUCAGGAAAGGCUACAAGAGAUUCCUACAGCAACUAAUAGAAUUUCUAAUGGGAAUUUUUAUGAGGGAGGCAUGGAGCCUUUUAAUGCACUUCCUGGCUCUGAAUUUGAUCACCCUUCACAUCCAAGUAGCCAGGGCUCAGAAUUCCUUCAUGGCUUCAGAUCUUCAGGUCAAGAUGCAUUUGCAAAUGCUUGGGAUGAGGUUCAAAAUCCCCAGAUGCCACUUUUCCAGGGUAGAGACAGUCUAACAAACAUUCCACCAAAUCAAACUCAAUUUCAACCACAGCUCGAUGGCCCACCUCAAAGAGUCCUGUCAAAUUUUUUGCACUCAUUUGUCAACAGUGGGCAUGGGGGUCUUCCUUUCCGUCCUACACCCCUUCCUGUUCUUGGAUUGUCUGAAGGUGAUAAACAACGCAUUCGUAACCGAAGCAGUAUCAUGGCUCGACAUUUCUUUGCUGACAAGAAUGAGGACUUUGUUAACGCACAGGUAAAUGCAUUAUUAUCUUCUCUGGAUAUUGAAACUGAUGUACAAGCUAGGAGAGGCCCGCCUGGAAGAUUUCAGGACUUGGAGGAUGUUUGGAAUGACUCCCAAAAUUUGCAAAAUGGUCCACACAGUGCUGAUGGAUGGAUUGCUGAAUAUGACCAGCACAGGGUACAAAGGGGUAACCCUAAUGAUUGGGUACACUCAUUUGAACAACUGCAUGGAGCUAAUAAUUGGGCAUCUGAGUUUGAAAAUGAGCAAUCUCAAGUUGCAUCGUUUGGCCAAAUGAGAGGUGCGAGUAUUCCGAACUUAGCUGCCAUGGAGCAAACUCGCGUAUUAGCUCAUACACUGUCUCAAAAUCAGGACCCCAAGUUCCAGAAUUCUAAGUUUCUCCAGUUCGUGUCUAAAAUGAGUCGUGGAGAAAUCACAUUUGAGGAUAAUCAAGUCAAGUCAUCUGGACCCCCUGCUCCUGGAGAUUGGGCGACAGAAUAUCAACAACAGUUUAAUGGAGGUCAAUCAUGGGCUGAUCAGUUUGAACGUGAGGAGUUUCCUCCUGGACCUGCUGGGUGGGUGAAUGAAUUCACUUCUGCACGUGAGCAACAGGGACCAGUGGAUGACCAAUGGGUUAAUGAGUUUUCUAAGUUGCAUGUCGCAGAUUGGGCUGAUGAAUUUGGGCGUCAAGUUGGUGAAGGGGUACUAGGAGAUGAUAGCUGGGCAGAUACUUUUGAUGAGUAUGUAAAUGAACAAGCUUCAGUCAGGCAGCAGGCAGCAACCUCAAGAGGGGUCUAUGUUUUCUCGGAGAUAAAUCCUUAUGUUGGUCACCCUAAUCCUUUCCAAGAAGGUCAGGAACUGUUCCGCAAGGGUUUAUUAAGUGAGGCUGUGCUAGCUUUGGAGGCCGAAGUUCUAAAGAAUCCUGAUAAUUCUGAAGGCUGGAGGUUUCUUGGAAUAACUCAUGCUGAGAAUGAUGAUGAUCAACAGGCUAUUGCAGCUAUGAUGCGUGCACAUGAAGCGGAUCCAACUAAUCUGGAAGUGCUUCUUGCUCUUGGUGUGAGCCAUACAAAUGAGUUGGAACAAGCAGCUGCAUUAAAGUAUUUAUAUAGUUGGCUGCGUCAUCAUCCAAAAUAUGGGACAAUUGCUCCUCCAGAACUAUCUGAUUCUCUGUAUCAUGCUGAUGUUGCUAGAUUUUUUAGUGAUGCUGCUAAAAUGUCACCUGAAGAUGCUGAUUUACACAUAGUACUUGGUGUCUUGUAUAACUUAUCUAGAGAAUAUGACAGAGCAAUUGAGUCAUUUAGAACAGCUUUGGAGCUUAAGCCACGUGAUUAUUCUCUCUGGAACAAACUUGGGGCAACACAAGCAAAUAGUGUUCAGGGCGCUGAUGCAAUAUUAGCGUACCAACAGGCUCUGGAUCUGAAGCCUAAUUAUGUUCGUGCAUGGGCCAACAUGGGUAUCAGUUAUGCCAACCAGGGCAUGUACGAGGAUUCAAUUCGUUAUUAUGUGAGAGCACUAUUAAUGAAUCCAAAAGCAGACAAUGCGUGGCAGUAUUUGAGAAUCUCUUUAAGCUGUGCAUCCAGAACUGACAUGAUGGAAGCUUGUGACUCCCGGAAUCUUGAACUUCUCCAGAAAGAGUUUCCACUGUGAUUUGACUACUUUGGAACUGGAUCAGGAUCAGUAAUAUGGCAUUUGGUUGGGGCUAUGGGGGUCUAUUCUCACCUGUCUGUUAAAAAGGAAGACAACAACUUACUUUAUACCCGAUUCGCUGCAUCUAGGCUUCUUAUUGGGGCGAAGGCAGACUGAUUCGCCUUCAGGAGUUGUUUGAUGAACCAAUGACAAUGCUUUUGCCUAGUAUUUGCGGAUUGAUGUAAUUUCACUACACAAAACUAAUCAUCCCCAAGAUCUAGCUUUCGCCCUGGUCUUUAGGCAGACAACGGGUAUUAUUUGCUUGUAUGCCCAACUAAGCAAAAUAUAUUAGACAUUUAUACA